AUCCAUUAUUCAUUCAAGUGUCUAUCAAAAAGAAAAAAAAAAAGUUGUUCUUUGUAGCAUGUCCAACGAAUACCAACCUUAAGAAGGAUCAUCGCCAUUUGCAACAAUUUCGUGAUUCAAUUGAGAUAGCUCGAUCUCGCGAACAUGACUUUGAGGCUUUUGAUAUCGCAGGUUGCAAGACGACAAUCCAAAUUUGGACAGAUUCAAAGUGUAUUUGCUACAAGCUAUUUUUCUGUCAAUAAGUUUGGACAUCGUCCUGGGUUUAGACUUUUGGGUGCCCAAGAGAGAUUUCAGUCUAGCUACCUUGGCAGUAUAGCUCGUCGAGCGCGUGAUGCAGAUGAAGCUGCCGAAGUUGCUUAUCUCAAAGAACUUUACCAUCAGAAUGAUCCUGAGGCUGUGAUUAGAGUAUUUGAAAGCCAACCAUCUUUGCAUAAUAGUCCCUCGGCUCUUUCCGAAUACGUGAAAGCACUGGUGAAAGUUGAUAGGCUUGAUGAAAGUGAAUUACUGAAGACAUUAAGGAGAGGCAUGUCCAAUUCAGUAGCGAGUGAGGAAGAAACUGCAGCUGGACUUUCUGCUUUAAGAAAUUUAGGAAAAUCAACAAAAGACAAUAUUAUUGGAACUGCUAGUAAUCCAAUCUAUAUGGUGGCUAGAGAUGGUGGGAAUAUAAAAGAUCAGUUAUGGCGUACGCUCAGGAUCAUUGCGUUGGCCUUUUUUGUAAUUUCUGGUCUAGGAGCACUCAUUGAAGAUAAAGGAAUUAGUAAAGGACUUGGUAUAAAUGAAGAAGUGCAACCCAUCAUGGAAACAAGCACAAAAUUUAGUGAUGUAAAAGGUGUUGAUGAGGCAAAGGCUGAGCUGGAAGAAAUUGUUCAUUAUCUUCGAGAUCCUAAGCGGUUUACUCGUCUUGGUGGUAAGCUUCCAAAAGGGAUUUUGCUUGUUGGUCCACCUGGUACUGGAAAAACAAUGUUGGCUAGAGCUAUUGCUGGUGAGGCUGGGGUUCCAUUCUUCUCCAGCAGUGGAAGUGAAUUUGAAGAGAUGUAUGUUGGUGUUGGUGCACGAAGGGUGAGAGAACUUUUUGCUGCUGCUAGGAAACGAGCACCUUGUAUAAUAUUCAUUGAUGAGAUUGAUGCUGUUGGAGGAAGCCGUAAUCCAAAGGACCAAAUGUACAUGAAGAUGACAUUAAAUCAGUUAUUGGUUGAGCUAGAUGGAUUCAAGCAAAAUGAGGGAAUAAUUGUGAUUGGAGCAACUAAUUUUCCAGAAUCAUUGGAUGAUGCAUUGGUGAGACCUGGGCGGUUUGACCGCAAUGUUGCUGUUCCCUAUCCGGAUGUAAGAGGAAGACAGCAGAUUUUGGAAUCACACAUGUCAAAGGUUUUGAAGGCUGACGAUGUUGAUCUAAUGGUCCUUGCUCGAGGAACACCUGGGUGCUCUGGGGCCGAUCUUGCAAACGUGGUUAACAUGGCUGCUAUCAAGGCUGCAAUGGAUGGUGCCAAAGCUGUGAGAAUGGCUGAUUUAGAGUUUGCAAAAGACAAGAUGCUGAUGGGCAGUGAACGCAAGUCAGCUGUUGUAUCUGCGGAGGAUCGAAAGUGCACUGCUUAUCAUGAGGGAGGUCAUGCCCUUGUUGCCAUGUAUACUGAUGGGGCCGACCCUGUUCACAAAGCAACCAUAGUUCCCCGAGGUAUGGCUCUUGGCAUGGUUAUGCAAUUGCCCAAUGAGGAUCAGCUUAGCGUUUCCCGCAAACAGAUGCUUGCCAGGCUUGAUGUUUGCAUGGGAGGCCGGGUUGCCGAAGAACUAAUUUUCGGAGAAAAUGAAGUCACUGGUGGUGCAUCCUCAGAUCUCAAGCAAGCAACUAGAUUGGCAAGGAGGAUGGUUACCAAAUAUGGCAUGGGCAAAGAAGUUGGACUAGUCUCUCACGAUUACAUAGAUAAUGGAAGGAGCAUGAGCUCAGAGACAAGGCUUCUCAUUGAGAAAGAGGUGAAGCAACUUCUGGAGAAGGCUUAUAACAAUGCAAAAACCAUUCUGACGACUCACAGCAAGGAGCAUCAUGCACUUGCAAAUGCUCUUCUGGAGCACGAGACUCUCACGGGAACUCAGAUAAAGACAUUGCUUGCCGAAGUUAGAGCUCAGAUGGAGCAACAGCAGCAGCUACAAACAGUUGAAGCUCAGAGCAGUUCACAAUCCAACACGGUGCCUCCAUCAUCCAGUAACCCGGCAUCUGCUGCCGCAGCUGCUGCAGCCGCCGCCGCUGCCACUGCAGCUGCAGCCGCUGCCAGUGCUGCCGCCACAGCCAGUGCUGCCGCUGCCAAGGCUAAAAGUGCUCCAGUGGGAUCUUAGCAGAAAAAGAUGCUAGAGUAGCAAACAUAACUUGUACGACUAGAUUGAAAAUGUUCUUAUAGUAAUUUUUUCAGGUUUUUCACAUGGAAAAACUCCAGGUCAUGCAUCUCGGAUUUUAGUUGGCAUAAAAUUAUAUGCAUUUACUUUUUUUUCAUUGUUUGUAGUGUACAAUGAAAAAUUAAUAUAUUUUCAUGUGCCUCCUCCA